GUGUUCGUGUUCAAAAAUCACUGUGCGUGUGUGUGUGUAUUUUUUGUGUUGGUUCUACAUGUGUGGGGAGGAAAAUUGAUUUCUUUGCCACAAAACAAUCGCUGAGUUAAUGUGUAGCAUAUUUCGGUGCAAAAUCUACCCCGGCAAGGCAUGACCGCGAACGGAAAAGGCGUCUUUGCUGGCGUUCGGUGAAAGAGCGUGUGCGAGUGUGCGUGUGCGUGUGUUUGUGUGCUACUGGCUGGUGAAAGUACGGCGCUGCAGCACUAGAAGGAGAAGGCCUGUGGGAAAACCACGGCAGCAUCUGCUCUCGACCCCACCACCCUUUCUAGCGUUUCGGCCUUUUUCCUUUCGAUCAACAAUAGCGGUCGAUUGUUGAGAUAUUGUGCGUUGUUGCCGUGGUGUCGUAUCUGUUCCCAAAGGCCUGACCGUGCUACGUGUACGAGUGAAGGUUUCCGCCGUUUGUUAGGCUCCAAAUUCACCCCCCUCCUCUUCACCCAUCUGUCAUCAUGGCCAGUCCACGUACGCGACGAGUUCUGAGCGAGCUGAAACCAUCGGACGGCAACAACAAAUGCUUCGAAUGUGGCACCCACAACCCCCAGUGGGUCUCGGUGACGUACGGCAUCUGGAUCUGUCUCGAGUGCUCGGGCAAGCACCGCGGCCUCGGUGUGCAUCUGUCCUUUGUGCGGUCCGUGUCGAUGGACAAGUGGAAGGACAUCGAGCUGGAGAAGAUGAAGGUGGGCGGCAAUCGGAAGGCGAGAGAGUUUCUCGACGCACAGGACGACUGGGACGAAACGAUGCCGAUCCAGCGGAAGUACAGUACGCGAGCGGCUGCCCUGUACCGGGACCGGAUUAGUACGCUGGCCCAAGGACAGCCGUGGGAUGAGUCGAGUGCGCUGGCACGCGUGAACGGAUCGGGCGGGUAUGCGGCGAGCGGCAGCAGCGGUGGAUCGACCGGCUCGAUGACACAUUCCAGAAGCAGUGGCUCGAUGGGUGGUGGUAGUGGGGCUGGUGGCAACGGUGGCUACCAGAAUGGAGGUGACAAUUACUACCAGGACGGGGGAAGCUACCAGCAGUACCAGACGCCAGAGUUUAAGGCGCAGAAGGAAGAUUUCUUCAGCCGCAAGCAGGAGGAAAACGCUGCCAGACCAGAAAACUUGCCACCGAACCAGGGCGGAAAGUAUGCCGGCUUCGGAUACACCAUGGAUCCACCGCCCAGGAGUCAAUCACACGAGCUUUUCGACACGGUGCAAUCAUCGCUUGCUACGGGCUGGAACGUCUUCUCGAAGGUAGCGAACGUGGCGAAGGAGAACGCGCUCAAGUACGGCAGUAUCGCCUCGCAAAAGGUAGUUGAAGUUUCUAGCACCGUUUCGGAGAAGGUUAAAGAAGGUUCGCUGCUGGAAGGCGUCGGCUCGCAAGUCUCAAACCUGGCGACGAAGGUGACGGAGGUGGGCCGUAAAGGAUGGGGCGGUUUCGGUGGCCCGGGCAGUGGCAGUUACAGCACCCCGUCCGGUAGUAAUGAUCAGUACAGCAACAUCUCGUCGGACAGCGGCGUGAGCAGUCCGAUCAAUGGUCGACAGCCGGGCGGCUACCAGCAACAGCGUGGCUCGACCGGCGGUUCCGGCCGCCGGGACGAAUCGUCCUGGUCGAACAACGGCUGGUCGAACGACAGCAACUCCAACAGUUUGCCUCAAUCGUACCAGAACGGUGACAACGACGAUGACGGCUGGAACGGGUUCGAGUCGUACUCGGGGCCAGCAUCGUCCGGCCAGCCCACAUCCGCAUCGGCCGAGCUGAUGGCCAACGUGGACAUGCGCAACGAAAAUGGCCCCGAUCGCCACGCCAGCAGCAAGUCCGGCAGUACGCGCCGCACAAGCAACGGAUCGGCGAACAGACAACAUUCGGCCAAAGCGUCUGGUGCCGCGGCCGGCAUCGAUGAGGACUUUGCCGCCCUUGAUAUUAAGAGUAACCGGGCGCCGAAAAGCAGCAGCACUUCCAAGAAGGCGAACAACAACCCGGAAGACGAUCUGUGGAACAUGCUGAACAAUUAGGUGCAGAGGGAGGGGCGGGAACUGAGCGCGGACGCACGUCCCCUUCUUUCACACCUUCACAGUCGGAGUUGAUGUGAAUUUUAACGAAUCAAACUAUCGAAGAGGAAGAUAAAACAACCCUUUUGCCAGAUAUGACUUAAAGUAGUCCCCCGGGGGGAGGUAGCACGGAACUGCAGGGCGAGCGUGCGUUACACCCCGCGCGGGGACUGUGUUGUCCCUUUCCAUAACGAGCAUGUAAUGUGAAUGUGAAUUGUGUAAUCCAAUGUAUUAUAAGCAGAAGAAGAAGAAAAAGUAGAAAAAACUGGUUCAAAACCGACCGAUCGCCUAUCCAAGGAGAAACACUCCCAUCCCAGAUCUGGUGGUAGAUAAGCAAAAUGAGAGAGAUACAAUUAUAUACAGUUAUAGAAGAGCGAAAACAUGCAGCAGUUGGGGAGAGAGAGAAAGAGAUAAAAAAAAAGAGAAAAAAGGGAAGAGAUAUAUAAUACGAAGAGACACACAAGAAAAUGUAGGCGCUAUAUAUAAACACAUAUUCUAUAUUCUAGUAGAAAUCCUGUGAGCGAGAAGGUUAUUGCUUUCGAUUUCCCAAACCCCUGGAUCCCUUUCCCGUUUUAUUCCUGCCGCCCUGCCCCUGGACCCAUCACAAAACAACAUCCUUUAGCAAAAUGACCUAUGAUAAUGGACGGCUGAGAGAGAAAGAGAGGAGAAAAGCGAAAGCAUCCUAUGCUAAUACACAGAUAAUAAAAGUGGUCCUAAUUGUAAUCGCAAAA